AUGGGCGACGUUAGCCAGUUCAACGCGAUCAGCGCCAACGACGAGUGGGAGGUCCGCCAGCGGAGGAUACAAGAUGCUGAGCGGUUCCGGAAUCUUGGCAACGAGAGCUUCAAGCGGGGGUUUCUCGAGUCGGCGAUAGACUACUACUCCAAAGCCAUCGAAUGCUACCCCGAUAACUUCGAGUACUACACCAACCGCGCUCUCUGCUACAAAAAGCAGGGAAAGUGGCAGAACGUUGCGAAUGACGUGCGGAAGGCGCUUAACAUCGAUGCGGACUCCGUAAAGGCCCACUACUACCUCGGCCAGGCUCUGCUACACUUAGGCGAGCCUGAGGAAGGCCUCAAGAAGCUUGUCAAGGCAAAAACGCUCUCCGAGCACUACAAAGUGCCCUUCAUCAACGAAAUCGAGGAUGAAAUACUACGGGCAAAGAAGUUUGUCUGGAUGAACGAGGACGCCUCCUUCGUCCAGGACCUCUGCAGCUUGAAGAAUUACGUCGAGGGUGCCAUCGCCCGUGACGCUCAAGGUGGCACCGUCACCGAAGAAGAAAGCGCAGAGCGAUUAUCGCAGUAUCGUAAAGUGUUCAACGCGCUCGACAAGGCGCGGGAACGCAACAUACCAAGCUAUCUGUGCUGCAAGAUCUCCAUGGUAGGCAGGACACGGCACGCUGACAUCGCAUUGCAGUGCAUCAUGAAGGACCCAGUAGUCACGUCGAGCGGAAUCACGUACGAACGUGAACUGCUGGAGCAACACUUUAAAUGCAACGGAGAAUUUGAUCCCGUAACGAGGGAACCUUGUUCUGUCAGAAACGUGUACCCCAACUACUCCAUCAAAGAAGCAAUUGAUCUGUUCUUGAAGGAGAAUCCAUGGGCGUUCGACGAGUGA